AUGGGGUCUAUUGGUAAAAAUAUUCAAGCAUUUGAUCAUAUUACAUUAUGGGUUAGCAAUGCUUUACAAGCAUCAGGAUGGUUUUGUGUUCGUUUUGGUUUUGAACCAUAUGCAUAUAAUGGUCUUGAAACUGGUUCACGUGAUAUUGUUUCACAUGUAAUUAAACAAAAUAAAAUAUUUCUUGUUUUUCAAUCACCAUUAUUACCUGAUAAUCAAGAAUUUGGUCAACAUAUUUGUCGACAUGGUGAUGGAGUUAAAGAUAUUGCUUUUACUGUUGAUAAUAUUGAACGUAUUGUUGAACAAGCUCGAUCUAAGGGUGCAAAAAUUGUUAGAGAUGUUUGGACGGAAAAAGAUGAACAUGGUUCAGUUAAAAUGGCUACUCUUCAAACGUAUGGUGAUACAACGCAUACAUUAAUUGAACGAGGUAGUUAUUCAGGUAUAUUCUUACCUAACUAUCAUGAACAUCCAUUGAAAACUAAAGAUGUUUUAUUGGAAAAGCUACCGGAAGUUAAACUUGAUUUUAUUGAUCAUAUUGUUGGAAAUAUGCCUGAUAAUGAAAUGGAAAAUACAACAAAAUGGUAUGAAAAUACACUUCAUUUUCAUCGUUUUUGGUCAGUUGAUGAUAGUGUUAUUCAUACACAAUAUUCAUCACUUCGUUCAAUUGUUGUAUCAAAUGAAAAUGAAAAAAUUAAAAUGCCUAUUAACGAACCAGCAGCUGGUACGAAAAGAUCCCAAAUUCAAGAAUUCGUUGAUUAUUAUGGAUCAGCAGGUGUUCAACAUAUUGCAUUGAAUACAUCGGAUAUUUUAACAAGUGUAGCUAAUCUAUCUGCACGUGGUACACAAUUUUUACAUGUACCUAGUUCUUAUUAUGUUGAUUUAAGAGAACGACUUAAACAUUCCAAAGUACAUAUUCUUGAAGAUUUAUCAGCGAUAGAAAAAUUACAUAUAUUGGUUGAUUAUGAUGAUAAUGGUUAUUUAUUACAAAUUUUUACAAAACCUGUUGAAGAUCGUCCAACAUUAUUUUUUGAAAUUAUUCAACGUAGAAAUCAUAGUGGUUUUGGUAUUGGUAAUUUCAAAGCAUUAUUUGAAGCUAUCGAACGUGAUCAAGAAGCUCGUGGAAAUCUUUAA